CGGUCGGGGCCUGGGGUCCGACACCACGACGAAGCCCCAGUUGCUCGCGAGAUACGAUACCGAGCUAGUUGGAGUGUCGUUACCAGCCAAUACCACACCUUUUUCAGAUACUUUUUUUUUCUAUCUCUCUCUCUCUCUCUCCCUCGCACACUCGCGCAACGAUAACUGUACAUCGCGAGCGCUCGUGUGUGGAGGCAUCGAAGGACAUUGGAGGAAAAAAAAAUAUAUAAUAAUUUUCCUGGCGGUUUAUUUGUCGCGAAUUGUCACUGGAUUUAUCAAUUUUCAUGUGCGAAUGUCAAUGGUCACCGGUGGUUACUCGCCGGAUGGCAAAUGUCAUUCGGUAGUUCCGGGAGGCCGAUGUUUAUGAAGUAAAGCUCGGGCUUUUUUCAGUGGUGCUGUGAGGAGAAAUUUGUGAUUAUUUUAUUGGAAAUAGACUGAGGAAAUAAUGCCGAAGAUAUUUUGGCUGAAGGAUCGACUGCACCAGCAGCAGCUGAGGCUGCUGGAGGCCCAGCAUCUCAGCAAAUCACCACCGCCGGGCAGUGGAAAGGACAGCCCUCUCGGUGGAUCCGAACCCAUCAGUCUUAUUGUUAAUAAGCAUCAAUAUCGCGACAAAACUGAUGAUGAUCGUGCGACGACCCCGGAGUCCUUCCGCAGUGCGAGUCCCCCGAGUUCACCCCCGCCACAGUGGCAGCCCUCAGCCCCAACCUCCCCCCGUCGUUUCAUCUCCAGUAUUCUGGGAGGGGACAUACCCUACGGUAGCCGAGGCCACGUUCUCACCCGUGCUGAGCGCAAGGAGUACAGUAGUCCCCUGGUGGUGCCCUCCCCCGACAAACUCCCCGGCAAAUCCGAGAGGAUCGAGCUUCCAAGACCACCGACACCGCCGUCCACCUCCAGAAUAAAACCGCCAACGAGAGUCUCCGUAAUUCAACGAGUGCCGCACCAGACGAAGCCACGAAAGGAGCACACGAAGGUGGAAGUCCCGGCGUCUCAGGAGCCCGAGCAGGAGCAGCCGAUAGACUACGCCGUACCCAAGCGAAAAGAAGACGUCGACGAUGAGCGGGGGCGAGAGGGUGCCAAGGCAUCGCGGACGUUCGGCAAUUCGAUUGCAAGACCACUAUUGGCGAUGCGACUGUCAGCCCCGGGUAUCCUCCAGGCGGCGGCCGGUCACGGAAGAUCUACGAACUCCUCCAAUACAGGCUCCUCCUCAGGAUCGAGCAAUAACUCCUCUACAUCGGGUGGCAGUUCGUCCGGCUCCGGUGGUCUGAGUUUUUCAUCCUCCGGUGGUGGCGGUGGUGCCAUGGGUGGUGCCGGCGGCGGCAUGAAUCCAGGAGGAAACGGCGGCCGAGGUAACUACGGCCCCAGCUCACCUCCCACCGGCUCAUUACCCCCAUUUUACGAGUCUCUCAAGGGUGGAAACAAUCUCGCCAAUUUCGCCAAUCAAUAUGGCACCCAAGGAAAUAAUUUCCUCACACCGACUUCCGUCGGUAUGGAGUGCGACACAGGACAGCAGGACCUCAACUCCCAGCACUCUUAUGGCGCUCAGGAGGGCAAGCAGUAUCAGCUGCUCCAGAAUAUGGCGUCCUAUGGGCUUGUCCUGAAGGAGGAGGAGGAGGACCUCUCGUCCGUUUACAAACUCCAACCGGAUUUACUCUCCGGGCAGUACGGGGGGUACGAUGUCACUGAUUCUGGAAUGAUGGUGGACAUGGUGACUGGGACUAUGGUGGAUCCACUCCAGUUCACGGCGACCCUGACAUUCAGCUCCCCCACGGAUCACAACGCACUUUUGGAGAGCCUGUCUGACGCAGCUGAUCUGUUCCUUCCUAGACUUCCUGCAGACGACGGCAACGAUCUCCUCGAGGAGUCCCUACACUCACCGGCUUCGGCCGGCAGUGGCAUCAAUCAGGAGGGGCAAAUGACAACACCCGUCGAACCCAGUGUCGACCCCUUCCCCGAACACGGGAUUCCCCUGUCGAGGGCCUUCGACGGCAACGGGAGGCACUACAAUACCACACACUAUUCGAAUAAAUUGUCUGGGAUCACGUAUCCUGAAGGGGGAUACCAGCAGGUGGGAAAGGAACGGUCCGAGCUGGGGAUUCACAUCAAUCAGGGCCAUCAGCAGGAGCCACAACUCCAGCAACUUCAGAUUCAGGUGCAGAUGCAGCAGCAGCAGCAGGGACAGCAGGCACGCUCUCCUCAUCAGCAACAUCACCAGGGACUGCUCAGCCCGGGCUUGAAUUUCCCCGGAAGCAGGCUGGAUCUGGACUCUGGAAGUAGUGUAGGGGGUAGUCUGCCAAGUCCUGGAGCUGGUAGUUGUUCACUGGAUGGAGCAUCAGCGAGCACAUCACCUGCCUGUGGCCUCAUGGAGCAUGCACCUAGUCCCUCUGGCGUUUCGGCUACUGUGAGUUCCCCUGGGGCAUCUGAUUCACCGUCCACUCCGCGCUCGGGUGUCCUCCAGCAGAGGUUGGGACUUCCUGGCGAUUGUCAGUUGGAAUUCGUUAAUGGUGGGCAUGGGAUUAAGAACCCACUGGCUGUCGAUGGACAGAGGACACCCACCACCAGGGACGAGGAGAGGGCACCUAGACCAGCUGCUGGAAAGGAGGAUGAUCCCAGUCGCUUCACUUGUCGAGUCUGCAGCAAGACCUUCAGCCUCCAACGACUCCUCAACCGCCACAUGAAGUGUCACAGCGAUGUCAAACGCUAUCUGUGCACCUUUUGCGGAAAAGGAUUCAACGACACUUUUGACUUGAAGAGACACACCAGAACACACACGGGGGUCAGACCGUACAAGUGCAAUCUCUGUGAGAAAAGUUUCACGCAGAGAUGCUCGUUGGAGAGCCAUUGUCUCAAGGUCCAUGGGGUUCAGCAUCAGUAUGCUUACAAGGAACGUCGUACAAAGGUAUACGUCUGUGAAGAGUGUGGUCACACAACUCAAGAGCCCGAAGUCCACUACCUCCACCUGAAGGACAAGCACCCGUACAGUCCAGCUCUGCUGAAGUUCUACGACAAGCGCCACUUCAAAUUCACCAACAGCAAUUUCGCCAACAUGCUGCUACAGACUAGAGAAAUGAAAAAUUGAGAGAGAGAGCAUUGAAUGAACAAUUGUUUAUUCUUUGCUGAUGUGACUGCAGGACGCGAAGGGGACGAGCAAGACCAUCAGAAGAACGACAGCAUGGCAAUUUGGUCGAGCCUCUUCGUAGUGACUUAACGACCGUAAAUAGUGAGGUAUCCUUAAGCCAUUUGGGAUAAAUAGAAAUGAUUGUGCCUUCGAUAGUGAGAGAAAUGAGGAAGAGGCUGUAUUUAUCCCAUGACGACUAAAUACAGUCGUAAAUAGGGCUCAUAAAUAAGAGAAGGGAAUUAGUAUUCAAAUAUUUUCAUUUUAUGAUCACAAGUCUCCCUGAGAUAAAAAUAAUGGUGUUUCACUUGAAAAGCAAAGGAAUAAUUUCCACCAGAUUAUUAAUAGAAUAAUCCUCUGAGGAACUCGAAUUCAACGUUUCAAAAAUGAAAUUCCCCUCGAUUUCACUCCACGAUACGUUGACUUUCGACUUCAAAUGGCAAUCCAGAGUUUCCCGAUAUUCCCCAAUAAAUAUUGUGAACCUCUCGAUUAACAAUUACACUUCUAAUAAUUAUUUAAUGGUCAAUUAUUCUCAAAACGCAUACCUUUGCGGUAGGGUGUCCUGUGAUAUAGGGAAAAUGGAUCUUACACGAUUUUAUAUUAAAACCACGCACAUCACACUACACAAUUCAUCAUCACGAAAAGAAAAAAAUAUAAAAAAAUGAGAAAAAAAAUACGGGGUAUCGUGCAAUUUUAUAAUUUUCUUCUUCUUCAAGGUGGUAGGAAACAAAUUAACUUAAUGAAUUUAGCAUAGAAUAUAGUGAUGGGGCAGCAGCCACUGAUCACAGCUACCCUCAUUCUGAUUAUUAUUUAAAGAAACAUCAUGUGUAAAUUUUAGAUUGUAAAGUAUAUUGUCAUCGUGGUGCUCAGUGAUUUAUCAAAUCCCAUAAAAAUACAUAAAAAUCACGGUGCUCUGUAAAUAUUUCACAGUUAGAAUUAACGGUUAAUCAAUGAAUAAAUGAAUAAUUAUAAUUUAUAAAUCUCGACUUUUGCAGGCAUUGUGAUUGUUCGCUUAAAAAGACUGUAAAUACUGUGUAUUUUUAUUAUUCAAAUCUAACGAUCGUCAAAUGCACGUAAUAUCUUAAGAUCAUUUUUUUAUUAAUGAAUACUAUUUUUUAUUCCCGAAGUUAUGGUCACGAUUGAAUAAAGUAUGUCUUGUAAUACUCAAUAAUAAAAUUUCAACGACAAUUGACGAUAUGAUAAACAACUGUCACGAUAAUGCAUAAUUAUUUAAUUAAAUCGUAAUUACGUCCAGUAUUUGUUAUGUCUCUAGUAACAAUUUUUAUAUAUUAAUUUUAUUCACAUUAUCCCUCAUUGUUAUCUCAAUUAUUAGACCAUUUUUUUCGAUGCAUCAAACCACUUAAUUAUUAAUUAUUAUUUCGUAUUGAUUAAUUAAAUGAUGUAAUUGAUAGCUGAAUUUAUUGAGGAAAGUAUUUAUAUUGAAUGUUAAAUAACUGCAGCUUAUUCUGAUGUGAAUUUUAUAUACUCAGAAGUUUUUUUUCCAGAGGGAGAUAUGCACGUCUAUUUGUUGAGUGAAUUUAUUUUCCAUGACUGUGUAGAAACGUAAGGGAAAUUAUGAAAAUGGGUUUAUAGAUUUUUUUUCUACUCGUAACGAUGUAUUAUAGAGGUCCGAGGCAUGAUAUUUGGAUGUUUAAGAAUAAUUCAUUUUAUCAAUGGAGAAUAUAACGGUUAAUACAGUAUAUUGUACGUAGAAGAAUAAAGAGAAUAAAAUUAUAUGAUAUUUUA